AACGGCGAUGAAAUUAAACGUGUUAUUCACCGUGAUAGCUCUGGUUGUAGCUAUCUCCGUGGCGGGGGCUGAGAAAGCCCGCUUCGAUAACUAUCGGGUUUAUAGGAUUAGAAUUGAAAAUGUCAAACAGCUGGAAGUGUUGCAGGCCAUCGAACAGCUGGGUGAAGGAUACAGCUAUUGGAGAGAACCGGUGAAUGUGAACACCGAGGUGGAUCUGGUGGUGCCACCGCAUAAAUUUGCGGAAUUCGGUGAAGUGGUGGAGCAGCAUGAACUGCCCGCGGAGUUGACUGUGAGAAACUUGCAGGAACUGUUCGACGCAGAGCAAAAACGUACCGCGAAGCAGGGAUUCGGAUGGAAUGCAUACUACACGCUGGAGGAAAUCUACGCGUGGAUGGAUGAGAUGGUGAAGCAGUAUCCGGAUGUGUUGCAGUCGAUAGUGGGAGGUCGUUCCCACCAGGGCCGCGAAAUCCGGGGCAUAAAAGUUUCGUACAAAGCUGGCAAUCCGGGAGUUUUUAUGGAGGGUACGAUCCAUGCUCGCGAGUGGGUUAGUGCGGCUACCUUGACGUGGAUCUUAAACGAAUUGGUGACCUCGAGCGAUCAGAACGUUAGAUAUGCUGCGGAAAAUUACGACUGGUACUUCUUCCCCGUUACCAAUCCGGAUGGAUAUGUGUUUACCCAUACCUCAAAUCGUAUGUGGAGGAAGACCCGGCGGCAGCAUGGUGUGCUCUGCGUGGGUGCCGAUCCGAAUCGCAAUUGGGGAUUUAACUUUAUGCAGGGCGGAGCUUCGAACAAUCCUUGCAGCGACACCUUCGCCGGACCAACAGCCUUCUCCGAGAUUGAAACCCAAACUCUGUCGCAAUACAUCACUUCCAUUAGGUCGAAGCUUACCACUUAUUUAUCGUUCCACUCUUUCUCACAACUGUUGAUGGUUCCAUAUGGCCAUACCCGGGAUCGAUUGGAUAAUUAUGAUGAAACGAUCGACAUUGCAGCUAAGGCAGUAGCAAAACUGAGAGAGCGUUACGGAACGCAGUACAGAAUCGGGAACAUCGCUGAAGCCAUCUAUAUUGCAUCCGGCGGUAGUAUUGACUGGGUGAAAGGUGUUCACCGGACUCCGCUUGUAUACGUGUACGAACUGAGAGAUACCGGCCGGCACGGAUUUGUGCUGCCUGCCGAUCAAAUCAUUCCCAACUCUGAGGAAACGCUGGAUUCGAUCCUCGUUAUCUUGGAAGAGGGCCAAAAACGAGAACUGCACCGAUUUCAGUAGAAAGGUGUAAUCGAAGCGAUUCAAACGCAUUAUCUAUGUGUUGACAAUCACUCCACCGAUGCCACUGACAUAAAGUUCUUAGAUAAGCUAUCUACCCAAUAAAUGAUACUUCUCAAACACCUUA